UUUGGGGUUGCAACUGGGCCGUCUUUCCAUCGUGUUGUUGGUAGCAGCAGUAGCAGAGAAGAGCAGAUCCGACAUCCGAGCACGGGCAAAGAAAAGGCGGCAAUUCUUCCCGCGAAAGCUGUAUAGGCGGCGCGAAGCGGGAGGACUCAUUUGCGGGAAACUUUCGCGAGCAAGCCGAGUCACGGCGACAUGGGGAAGGAGAUUGGGAGAGGGGAGCAGGUGGCGACGGUGCGCGCGGUGCUCGGCGAGGAGACGCCGGAGAUGGACAUCAUCCGCGCCCUCCACAUGGCCGGCGACGACCCCACAAAGGCCAUCAACAUCCUCCUCGACUUCCACCACAAGCUGCCGCCGCCGCCCUCCCCGUCGCCCCCGCCCCCGCCGGUCAAACCCACCGCCGAAUCGAUCCGGCCACCCAAAACCCCCGCGCAGUCGAAGCCGGCGGCAGAGAAACCUAGGCCCAAUCCCGCGACCAUCGGCGGCCGCGACCACUGGUGGCUGGUGGGGAGCGCCGAGAUGGCGGGGCUGUCCACCUGCAAGGGCAGGCGCAUCGCCGCCGGGGAACCCGUCAGCUUCUCUAUCCCCAACUCCGCGGCCGCGGCCGCCUCGGGCAAGGGCCGUCCUGGUCGCUUCGCCCUCGCUUCCUGCACCUCGGAGAUUAUGCGUUUCUCAACACCGCAGCAGGGGGAGGUGGGUCGCAUCCCCAACGAGUGGGCGCGGUGCCUGCUACCCCUUCUCAAGGAGGGGAAGGUAAAAGUUGAAGGCCUCUGCAAAUCUGCUCCCGAGGUUCUUAGCAUCAUGGACACCGUCCUCCUGUCUGUAAGUGUAUAUAUUGACAGCGCAAUGUUCCGAGAUCAAAAGCAAUCAUUGCCCAAGGCAGCCCGUGUUGCUACUGAGGAUUCCACAUUCCAUCCACUGCCUGCACUUCUUAAGGUCAUUGGGCUUUCCCCUUUUAAGAAGGCAGCAUUUACUCCAGAAGAUCUCUAUUCCAGAAAGAGACCAAUUGAUAGAAAGAGCAGUACUGGCGAGACAGCCACAAAGUUGACAUCUGAGAAAUUGAAAUUGUCUUCUGGUGGAAAUGAAGAUGACCAUGGUGAGGAGACUGUUUCAGAUACUGAUUUGGAUGAUAUAAUUGGAAUCUCAGAUAGUUCUGCACUGGAGGAGAGGGCUCCACCUGACGCUCUGCAGUGCGAUCUACGCCCUUACCAGAAGCAGGCCCUUCACUGGAUGCUGCAGCUUGAGAAAGGCAGCUCCUCCCAGGAUGCAGCUACAACUCUUCACCCUUGCUGGGAGGCAUAUAAACUUGAGGACAAGAGGGAGCUUGUUUUAUACUUGAAUGUAUUUUCAGGGGAUGCCACCACUGAAUUUCCUAGUACAUUGCAGCUUGCUAGAGGAGGGAUCCUGGCAGAUGCAAUGGGUCUAGGGAAGACUAUUAUGACGAUAGCUCUUCUUCUUUCUGAUUCGGGCAAAGGAUGCAUCACAACUCAGCAUAGUAGUCAGAUCUCUGGAGAAGCUAAUGGGUUGGGUGAAAUUUCUGCCCAGUCUCAUGAUUCUGUCAAGAAUCUAGCUAGCCCAUUCUCUUUUAGCAAGCUCAGGAAACCCAAGGCCCCACUGAUUGGAGGUGGAAGUCUAAUUAUCUGCCCAAUGACACUACUUAGUCAGUGGAAGGCAGAGAUUGAAGCUCAUACUGAGCCGAAUUCUGUGAAUAUAUAUGUUCAUUACGGCCAAAGCAGACCAAAAGAAGCAAACUUUAUUGCUCAGAAUGAAAUUGUCCUGACCACCUAUGGUGUUGUGGCAUCAGAAUUUUCGACUGAGGGUUCUACGGAAAAGGGUGGCCUCUACUCUGUUCACUGGUUUAGGAUUGUGCUUGACGAGGCACACAUGAUAAAAUCAUCAAAAAGUUUAAUAUCCCAAGCUGCUGCUGCCCUCACUGCUGAUCGGCGCUGGUGUCUUACUGGUACACCAAUUCAGAACAAAUUGGAGGACAUAUACAGCCUUUUUAGGUUUCUGAGGGUUGAACCUUGGAGGAACUGGGCUUUGUGGAAUAAACUUGUACAAAAACCAUUUGAAGAAGGUGAUGAAAGAGGCUUAAAGCUAGUGCAGACCAUUUUAAAGCCAGUAAUGUUGAGGAGAACAAAAAGUAGCACAGACAAGGAGGGCAGACCAAUCCUCACUUUACCUCCUGUGAAUAUUGAAGUGAAAUAUUGUGAUCUAUCAGAGACUGAGAAGGAUUUCUAUGAAGCUCUAUUUCGGCGAUCUAAGGUGAAAUUUGAUCAGUUUGUGGAGCAAGGAAAAGUCCUGCAUAAUUACGCUUCAAUUCUUGAGUUGCUUUUACGCCUUAGGCAAUGUUGUGACCAUCCGUUCCUUGUUAUGAGUCGCGGAGAUACACAGGAGUUUGCGGAUCUCAAUAAGCUUGCAAAGCGUUUCCUGCAUGGUGGUAAUAAUGCUGCUAACGGGGAUUCUUCAUCCCUUCCUUCGAAGGCUUACAUUGAAGAGGUUGUCCAAGAACUGCGGAAGGGUGAAGGGGAGUGCCCUAUUUGCCUUGAAGCCUUUGAGGAUGCUGUGUUAACUCCCUGUGCUCACCGUUUAUGCCGAGAGUGUAUUUUUUCUAGUUGGCAGAGUCCGGCAGCAGGUCUUUGUCCUGUCUGUAGAAAGUCGAUGAGCAAGCAAGAUCUUAUUACUGCUCCAACAAAUAGUCGCUUUCAAAUUGAUGUCGAGAAGAACUGGGUUGAAUCUUCCAAGAUAUCCUUUCUUCUACAGGAACUAGAAUCUCUUCGCAGUUCAGGUGCCAAGAGCAUUGUGUUUAGCCAGUGGACUGCAUUUCUAGAUCUCUUGCAAAUUCCACUUUCCAGGCAUGGCUUCUCGUUUACUAGACUGGAUGGGACCUUAACUCUUCAGCAGAGAGAGAAAGUAAUCAAUGAGUUUUCUAAUGACAAGAGCAUUCUGGUUUUACUAAUGUCCCUGAAGGCCGGUGGUGUUGGGAUAAACCUUACUGCUGCAUCUAAUGCAUUUGUCAUGGACCCUUGGUGGAAUCCUGCUGUGGAAGAACAAGCUGUCAUGCGCAUCCAUCGAAUUGGUCAAACAAAGAGCGUUUCUAUCAAAAGGUUCAUUGUCAAGGGCACUGUUGAGGAACGAAUGGAAUCUGUGCAGGCUCGUAAGCAGCGAAUGAUUUCUGGAGCGUUGACGGACGACGAAUUCCGCACUUCACGUCUAGAAGAACUGAAGAUGCUUUUCUCUUAAGGAAACACAAGGGUUUCCCAUAAGCAUUCUUGGGGCGUUUGCAUCCAUAUCUGACAACCUAACACAGUAACAUGGGAUGCUUGCUGAUUUUUUGCCCAGAUGUCAAGAGAGGAAGGCAAGAACGAAGCGGUAAGAAAAUCCUGUAGGUUGCCGUCCAUGUAUUUUUGUAUGGAAAUUCUUACAACCCAAUGUAGCUCUUCUGCUCUACAAAAGAAAAUUUAAUCUGAGUUGAUGUAGGCUUGAUUUUGUGUAUAUAUGCAGAUGGAUUUGAAAAAAUCGAGAGUUGACAAGAGAAAAGGUUCUACA